UAUGAAUCUUUUUCUCGGCUUUUUUAGUGAAAAUUCGCUCAAUUAUAGACAUAUUCGAGCCAAUCAAGACGCAGCGCAAAAUUGUCAGCCAAUCCAAAGUUGUUCGCGACAACCUCUGGAGGGAACACGAUGUCGGACACGGCGGCAAACAGUUCGUGGGAGGUGCUCAGCCAAGGCGCGGAAGCGAUUGUGUACGCUACGGACUUUGUUGGCCGACCAUGCGUGAUCAAGGAACGUGUCAUCAAGACGUACCGCCUACGCCAACUCGACAAGAAGCUCAGUCACCGACGUCUCGUCCAGGAAGCUCGAUGCAAUUUCAAGUGUCGCAAGUCUGGAGUUGAUACGCCGUGUAUUUUCUUGAUUGACGAGGCCAAGGGUCGGCUAUAUAUGGAGCGGAUCCACGGGCUCAGUAUCAAGCAGUUUCUCUUUGAUACGUACGACGAAUCGUCCGGAACGUACUCCGCCGUGGCACUGGAGGUGUGCUACCAGAUUGGCGUUGCAAUUGCUCGCAUGCACGACGCAGACAUCGUUCACGGUGACUUGACCACGUCAAAUCUAAUGAAGAAAGCCGACACGACUUCCAUUACUGUGAUUGACUUUGGUCUGGCCAACUCACAACCGUUGCCUGAAGACAAGGCUGUGGACUUGUACGUCAUGGAGCGAGCUUUCCAGAGCACCCACGUGCACUCCGAACCGUUGGUGGCGGAAAUAUUGCGCGCCUACAAAGCCAAGUCGCGUCGUUCGGAUGCCAUUUUUCACAAGUUGUACCAAGUGCGGUCGCGUGGCCGCAAGCGCACCAUGGUCGGGUAGACGCAUUCGUGACUGAGCAAUGCCAAUUUGCCCAUUUUCAAAUUCGACGCACGCUAAACUCUAAUUGUUACUAGUACUACUAACUUGAGUACUAGCAGCAAGGUAUGCUGAGACGUGGGGUGGGCAAGGCGGCCGCAUAAGUUCGAUCAUGAAUCAAUGAGACCGGGAUUUGAACCCACCG